GUCUGAGUCAAGUCUGCUCUGCAUACCCUAAAGCUAAACAUGGAGAAAAACCAGUCAUAGUUUCUAUGCUCCUGAAACUGUAAAAAUGUUGAAACAGAGUUACUUUAAAUCAAGGCUAAAAACCUAUUUAUUUAAGUCGACAAGUAAUAAGUAAAUCCUUAUUACUUCUCUUUAUUCUGCCAUUGUUAUGACUGAAGGCUGAAUUGCUUCAGUCAUGAAUGAAUUGAAGCAAUUGUACAAAAUUGCUUCAAUUCAAACAUAAAAAAUUAACUUGACAAGACAUGCAAAUAAUAAAGCAAUUCAAAAGAGUUCUUCAGAUCUGCUGAUUACAGAUAGACAUCAAAGCUGUCAAAAAAAAACCGAAACCACGGAAAGCCCCUGCCUUUUUUCAAAACAGUUCAGUUCUGACAUUUCCUGCUUCCUCCUCUCACACUAGUCUGACAGGUCGGGUUUAGCGAAAUAACUCUACUUUGAAUAAAGAGACCGGCAAAGUCUGCGGAAGAUAAGAGGAAGAAAACUGACUUUUUAUAGGAAACCUUUAAAAGAGAAAGUAACAUUUCCCAGACAAAAUUCUUUAGAGUUCAAAUCGCACAACCAGGAAGUCUCAUGGAUUCAACAAAAAUCUUUUGUUCAAUCUGUUUGGAUCUACUGAAGGUUCCAGUAACUAUUCCCUGUGGACACAGCUACUGUAUGAACUGCAUUAAAUGCCACUGGGAUGGAGAAGAUCAGAGGAGAAUCCACAGCUGCCCUCAGUGCAGGAAAGAGUUCAUGCCGAGACCUGGACUGGUGAAGAACAUUAUGCUAGCAGAGUUGGUGGAGGAGUUGAAGAAGAUUGGACUCCAAGCUUCUCCAGCUGAUCACUGCUAUGCUGGACCUGAAGAUGUGGCCUGUGAUGUCUGCACUGGGAGGAAGAUGAAAGCUGUCAAGUCCUGUCUGGUCUGUAUAGCUUCUUAUUGCCAAAAUCACCUCCAACCUCAUUAUGAAUCACCUACGUUUAAAAAACAUAAUCUGGUUGAAGUUUCUACUAAACUUCAGCAGAGGAUUUGCUCUCGUCAUGAUGAGGUGAUGAAGAUCUUCUGUCGCACUGAUCAGGAGUGCAUCUGUUAUCUCUGCACUAUGGAUGAACAUAGAGGUAAUGAAACAGUCCCAGCUGAAGCAGAAAGGACUGAGAAGCAGAAGGAGCUCCAAGUGAGUCUGGAUCAAAUCCAGCAGAGAAUCCAGGACCAAGAGAAAGAUGUGAAGCUGCUUCAACAGGAGGUGGAGGCCAUCAAUSWCUCUKCURAUAAARCAGUGGAGGACAGUGAGRAGAUCUUCACUGAGCUGAUCCGUCUCCUCCAGGAAAGAAGCUCUGAUGUGAAGCAGCAGAUCAGAUCCCAGCAGGAAACUGAAGUGAGUCGAGUCAAAGAUGUCCAGGAGAAGCUGGAGCAGGAGAUCAGUGAGCUGAAGAGGAAAGACGCUGAGCUGGAGCAGCUCUCACACACAGAGGAUCACAACCAGUUUCUCCUCAMCUACCCCUCACUGCCAGCACUCAGKGAGUCKAMACACUCAUCCARCAUCAACAUCCGUCCUCUGAGACACUUUGAGGACGUGACAGCAGCUGUGUCUGAGCUUAGAGACAAACUCUUGGACAUCCUGCAUGACCAUCCAACAAAUUUGAGAAUGUGCAUUAGAAUGGUAAAAUCAGUGUUAAAACUAGUAACAAAACCCAGACAUGAUUUCUUGAAAUACUCACAAGAAAUCACUCUGGAUCUAAACACAGCAUAUAUAAAUGUGUUACUAUCUGAAGGUAACAGAAAAGCUACAUUGAUGAAACAGCAGCAGUCUUAUCCUGAACAUCCAGAAAGAUUCACUUACUAUGAUCAGGUUCUUAGUAGAAAGAGUCUGACUGCAUGUCGUUACUGGGAGGUGGAGUGGAGCGGGGAAGGGGUUCGUCUAGCAGUCGCAUACAGGAGCAUCAGACGAGAAGGAGGAUCAGAUGAAUCCGCAUUCGGACGAAACGACAAAUCUUGGGCUUUACGUUGUGACAAAAAUAGUUAUCAAUUUUGGCACAACAAUAUUAAAACUCCAGUACCAGGUCCAGUUUCCUCCAGAAUAGGAGUGUACCUGGACCACACAGCAGGUAUUCUGUCUUUCUACAGCGUCUCUGAACCCAUGACUCUCCUCCACAGAGUCCAGACCAGAUUCACUCAGCCUCUACAUGCUGGAGUUUGGCUUUUUGACUAUGGAUCCACAGCAGAGUUCAUUAAAGCCAAAUAGAACAAAUCUAGGGACAGAGGGUCAGUUUGGGAUCACAUGUGAUUUGACUUGACUCCCUGUAUGUCUGCAAACAUCCAUAGAACAUUUAACUUUUACCAAAAGUAGAGUAGUUAAGAAGUCAGAUAAACAUGUUAUUCUGUAUUUGCUUUUGUGUGUCUACUGAUGAUUUAAAUGUGUGUGAAGUUAACCUCAGAGCUCCUACUGAAACUUUCUUCAAUCACAGUUCAACUCGACUGAUUGGAUUCAACAACAGUCUUAGAUGUUCAAAGAUGAUCGAACCUUUAUUAUGGAUGUAAUUUUCAAAUUCAAAUAAAAUUUGUUGAGUCAUUGUUUUCAUCGCCAACAGUUCUAUUCAAUGGCAUUUUGUUCAAGUUAU